CUGGCGAAUAUCUGAAUGGAACAAAGCAAUAAUACAUCAUGGCGCACAUUUUCUCCCUAGCAAGUCCCGUACCUGCAGCUUAUCAUAAAGGCAAAAAGCAUGGCGAUCAAGUCAAAUUUCCAGAUACUGCAUUUUUCAAGGGCUUUAACAAGCCAUCCCGACUCGAGGCAGACAUUUUUGAGCUAGAAACUACCGGCACCAUUCCAAAAGACAUCAAUGGCACUUUCUUUCGCAUACAGCCAGACCACCGCUUUCCGCCUCUUUUUGAAGAAGAUAUACACUUCAACGGUGAUGGCUCUGUAUCUGCCUUUCGGUUCGAAAAUGGUCAUGUUGACUUUAGACAGCGAUAUGUACAUACGGAUCGUUACAAAGCAGAGACAAAAGCCCGGCGCGCAUUGCUAGGUCGGUACAGGAACCCUUACACCGACAACGAAAUGGUCAAAGGCAUCAUAAGAACUGCGUCAAAUACCAACGUUAUAUUCUGGCGGGGUGUUCUUCUUGCAAUGAAGGAAGAUGGCCCUCCAUUCGCCAUGGAUCCAGUCACUCUCGAAACAAUCGGCCGCUACGACUUUGACGGUCAAGUGCAAUCUCCUACAUUUACCGCACACCCCAAGUUCGACCCAGACACUGGAGAAAUGGUCUGCUACGGCUACCAGGCCGGGGGCAACGGCUAUGACGCUAGCUGUGACAUUGUCGUAUAUACCAUCGACAAAGACGGGAAAAAGACAGAAGAGUGCUGGUACAAAGCACCCUUUUCCGGCAUGAUCCACGACUGUGCUAUCACAAAGAACUACCUAGUCCUCCCCUUAACCCCCAUCAAAGUCAACGAAGACCGACUCAAAAAAGGCGGAAACCACUUUGCCUGGGACCCCAACGAAGACCAAUGGUACGGCAUCGUCCCACGCCGAAACGGCAAACCAGAAGACAUCAUCUGGCUCCGCGCCGACAACGACACCUACCGCUGGAUCUUCGAUCCCAAGACGCCAACCCACACACGCGUCCAGCCGCACAAGGUGUUUGGCAUAAACGGCGAGUUCUCACGUAUCGACGAUAGAGUGUUGACGAAACAGUACAAUCACUUUUGGCAGUGUAACAUCGAUCCCGCCAGACCGUAUGAUGGCGCAAAGUGUGGGCCACCGGCUGGGGGGUUGUUUAAUGUGCUGGGGCAUUACGAGUGGGAUACGGGACGCAAAGAUGUUUUUUGGGCCGGUCCGACGUGUACGUUUCAGGAACCGGUGUUUGUGCCGAGGCGGUCCUCGUCUUCAUUCGAAGGGGAAAACGGCGAGGAAGAGUUCGAAGAAGGAGACGGAUAUAUUAUUGCGCUGCUGAAUCAUCUGGAUGUCUUGAGAAACGAUAUUAUGAUUUUCGACGCGAGAAAUUUGGAACAGGGGCCGUUGGCUGUGGUGCAUUUGCCGGUGAAGUUGAGGUUGGGGUUGCAUGGGAAUUUUGUGGAGCAGAGGGAGAUUGAUGCGUGGGUUGGGAAGAGGGAGCGGGGGGAGGUGGGGGCUGUGAGGGCAGCGGUGGAGUUGUUGCCGUGGCAGAAGAAGAUGAAGGAAACAGAAGGGUUGGGGAGUUUGGUGGAUGUGCCUGGGGAGAAGAGGGUCAAUGGGGUCAAUGGAGGGAGUUGA